CAUUGUUCUCAGCCCCGUUGCUGCUGAGAGACUCUGGAGUCCCAUCCGCGAAGCGGCACGGGCCCGGCUGGACCUUCGUGGCGAGCCGGUCGCAGCGGGCGGCGAGGGGCGCGGGACUGUCCUCCACCGGACCAUCGCGGGGCCGGGAGUGAAUAGCUCAUCUUGGCUCUGGAGACUUGAAGGUUAGAUGGAGCUUGACCGAUGUUGGGUAUCCCUCAGCUAUCAAGGAUCCUGCAUUGAACAGAGAAGAUGACUGCAGAAUUGAAAGAGACCAUGGGCAGAGCCUCUUGGGACCCAGAGAAGGGUCAGGAAAUGUUCCAGGAAAUGGCAGUGGUGCUAAAAGCAACACAGGAGGCUGCUGCUGCUUCACCCCUUGGGAGCUACUCGUUGGCAGGGACUCUGGCCGAGAGUGAAAUUCUGGAGCCUCAUGGGAACCCAACCCUAACAGGUACCAAAAGCAAGAACCUAGAGUUAUUGAUUCCUAAAAAGGAGAUAUGUGAUGACUCGGAGAAGCCCCCCAUGAUUUUAGGAAGAAUCCAGAAAGGUGACCUUCAAGGACCUGAGUUAGGAGAAUCUUGUGAAAAGGGAAAUGUGUUAAAAGGGCUGAGGAUAAGGAAGGAAAAGGGAGAUUUGGGAGAAGCAACAGUGAAAGACUGUCCAUUGUCUGAAAGCUUCCGAGACGAGGAAGAAUCCAAGAAGUCUAGGGGGAAAUACAGCCUCAGAUCUGCUCCUGGUAAAAAUCAGAAAAUACAGCCUGGGCAAAAGCCAUUUACAUGUAGCGAGUGUGGGAAAGGCUUUAGUCAGAGUGCAAAUCUUGUUGUGCAUCAACGAAUCCACACUGGGGAGAAGCCCUUUGAGUGUCAUGAGUGUGGGAAGGCCUUCAUUCAAAGUGCAAACCUCGUUGUGCAUCAGAGGAUCCAUACUGGACAGAAACCCUAUGUCUGUGGAAAAUGUGGGAAGGCUUUCACUCAGAGUUCAAAUCUGACUGUCCAUCAGAAAAUCCACUCCUUAGAAAAAACCUUUAAGUGUAGUGAAUGUGAGAAAGCCUUCAGUUACAGCUCGCAACUUGCUCGGCACCAGAAAGUCCAUAUAACUGAGAAAUGCUAUGAAUGCAAUGAGUGUGGAAAAACCUUCACUCGAAGCUCCAACCUCAUCGUCCAUCAGAGAAUCCACACUGGGGAGAAGCCUUUCGCCUGCAGUGACUGUGGCAAAGCCUUUACUCAGAGUGCAAAUCUUAUUGUGCAUCAGAGAAGCCACACUGGUGAGAAGCCGUAUAAGUGUAAAGACUGUGAAAAAGCCUUCAGUUGUUUUUCUCACCUUAUUGUGCACCAGAGAAUUCACACUGCAGAGAAACCUUACGACUGCAGCGAAUGUGGGAAAGCCUUUAGUCAACUAUCUUGCCUUAUUGUCCACCAGAGAAUUCAUAGUGGAGAUCUCCCUUAUGUGUGUAAUGAGUGUGGGAAGGCCUUCACUUGUAGCUCAUACCUACUCAUUCAUCAAAGAAUCCAUAAUGGGGAAAAACCUUAUUCGUGUAAUGAGUGUGGGAAGGCCUUCAGACAGAGGUCAAGUCUCACUGUCCACCAGCGAACCCACACAGGAGAGAAGCCCUACGAAUGUGCUAAGUGUGGUGCAGCUUUUAUUUCUAACUCACACCUCAUGCGACAUCACAGAACCCAUCUUGUUGAAUAGCAAGGAAGAGUACGAUGCCCUGCUUUUGGUCAUAACCUACUGCUCCUAAUAGUAGGCACUUCUGUUCUUUAUUCUUCCUUUGCCAAAAUGAGGACUAUACCCUUUAAAGUUUUAUUUUUCUGGAAGGUAAUGUAAAAACACAUUUAGAGGCUAAUUUAAAGAAAAUAAAACUUAAACACCUAAAAGUCAAGGACUUUGUUUUAACUGUAUGUAUCCUAAGCAGUCCUGUUUUCUAAACAGAAUGAGGGUUUUGUUGUUUUUUCCUCUCAUGCAUAUACAUACUGGUCUUAAUCCUGCUAGGUUUCUAAGAUCAGAUGAAUUCAUGCAUUGUGGGUGGUUUUGGAGCAGACAGAUUGUGACUUUUAAAGGAAUGGGUCCUAUAAAUUUAUUCGU